AACCCUAGCCUCCAUCCUUGGCUGUAAAAAUCCUUUUAUUUGCUACCGUAAAUUGCUUGAAUUUCUCCCAAACACAAAGAAAAUAAUAAUAAUAAGAAAUUCUGAUUGUAAUUGCAUUCCCGAAUUCUGCUUUCUUAGUUGUUGAGUGAAGAGAUGGCAAGUCGGCCUGAGUUAUUAGCACCGCCGGAGAUAUUCUAUGAUGAUGCUGAAGCUCGAAAAUACACUUCUUCUUCUCGUAUCAUUGAAAUUCAGGCAAAGCUAUCAGAGAGAGCAGUAGAGCUUCUUGCUUUGCCUGAUGAUGGAGUCCCUAGAUUACUUCUUGACAUUGGUUGUGGGUCAGGACUUAGUGGAGAGACACUCACUGAAAAUGGGCACCAAUGGAUUGGUUUAGACAUUUCACAAUCAAUGCUUAAUAUUGCAUUGGAGCGGGAGGUUGAGGGUGAUCUUUUGCUUGGUGAUAUGGGGCAGGGUUUAGCUCUUCGUCCUGGAGUUAUUGAUGGUGCCAUCAGUAUCUCUGCUGUUCAGUGGUUAUGCAAUGCUGACAAGUCCUCCCAUGAGCCAAAACUGAGAUUGAAGGCUUUCUUUGGAUCAUUAUAUAGAUGCCUGGCAAGGGGAGCUAGAGCAGUAUUUCAAGUGUAUCCUGAAAAUCUAGCCCAGCGUGAGCUGAUUUUGAGAUCUGCAAUGCAUGCUGGAUUUGCUGGUGGCGUGGUAAUUGACUAUCCACACAGUACCAAGAGCAGGAAAGAAUACCUUGUCCUCACUUGUGGACCGCCAUCCAUAACGACAGCCAUUCCCAAGGCAAAAGGUGAAGAUGAAGAAAGUUGUUCUGAUGACGAAAUCAGUGAAGAUGAGGAAAAUCAGACAGUUCGCUUUUCAGACAGGCAGAGACCUAGGAAAAUGCAAAAAAUAACCAAGAAAGGGAAGGGCAGAGAAUGGGUACUGAGGAAAAAGGAGCAAAUGAGAAAUAAAGGAAUUAAUGUUCCUCCUAACACAAAGUAUACUGCUAGAAAACGGAAAGCUCGGUUUUAAUCUCUAUUUGAAUUUUGGGUGUGGAUGUUCCCGUCUGAACAUUGAUGAGCACACUCCUGUUUCCUGCUACUUUUUGGUUAAGACAUGAUUAGAGAUAACUAAGAUGAGCUGAUGAGGUGCACAGAAUGCUACAUUCAGUGGCAUGAGCAUUUAGUCAGGUGGUGAAGGAUGAUUAUUCUAGCCAGAACCCAAAAGGUACUGUUUUGGUGUGAAUUACUUUUUGAGGAUGGUAGGAAGAAAAUCCUGCAAUUUUGUUUUCCUAAAUUAUUUUGUUUGCAUGUAAAAGUAAUCAUUUUUUUUAAUCAUGUGAAUUUAUUUAUAUGGAGAGUUUCCCAUUUCUUUUUAUGGCAAUUUGCAAAACAGUAAAAAACAAUCGUUUGAGAGUUGUCCAGAUUGGCUUUCAUGCCUAGUAAGCUUUGCAAUUUUUUA